UUUAUGUAUACGUAUCACAAAAUACCUAAUCAUUUGUUGAACUAUCGAAAAUAAAUACCAUAAAUACAUUUUAGAUAACUUCACACAAUGGCGACAGAACCCUCAACUUUACAUGAAAAGAAUAUUUCAAACAAAAGUUUGAGUGAUCGUGAAAGAUGGAUUUGUAUUUAUCCAGCAUACAUCAAUAACAAAAAAUCUCGAAACGAAGGACGCAAAAUUCGCAAAGAUUUAUGCGUUGAAAAUCCAACCUAUCAAGAAAUCAAAGAUGUAUUAUCUGUAUCGAAUCUACGAAUCGGCAUUGAAAAUAAAAUGUUUCCACGUGAGAAAAGCAAGGAGUCGCAACAUCGCGGUCGCAUACGUGUUCAAUUGAAAAAUGAUGAUGGUACACCAUUCAAUCCUGAUUUUAAAACCAGAGAAAGCAUUUUACUUCAUUUGGGUGGUAAAAUUCCAUUACUGAAAUCACGACAAUCAUCUCAUUCAAGUGAUCCUGGACAUCUCAUUGCAAGUGGCUCAAAACGUGGAAAAGGAAAAAGACGUUGAAUAAAUUGUUAAAAUCUCUUUAAAUAAAAGAAAACAUAUUUUUUAAACGAAAAUAAUAAAGAAUAAAUUUUA